AGCAUCGAUUAAUCAGUCAACUAUCGAGACGUCAAUCGAUUCGGUCACGGUUUCGUAGUUUUGAUCGAUAUUCGCAGUGAUCCACGAUCUUAACCUGAAUAAGCAUUGUUGCACCCCGUAAUCAUGCCAAAACUGAACAAGCUCCUGGUUACGUCAAUCAUCGCGGAUAUCAGAGAAUGCGUAUGUGUCGCGAACGAGAUAUAUUCUUGGGUCGGUGGUAUCGAACAUCUGUCAUGGAAAUUCCCUACGAAGAUCGCGAGGGACAUAAAUGCCAUGGAAAUUGUGAAGGAAUACGAAGGAACCGCAGGGGAAUUCUAUAUUCUUCUCCUGGAGCUGGCUUACGACAGAAUUCAAUUCCUUCUACGUUUGAUCGUGGAAUUCUUGGACAAGUAUCCCUUCAUAGAUGAUUUUUUCAAAGAAGUAACAUGUGUCAAUCGACCAAAUCAGAUCUCGUUGGCGAAUUUGUUAAGACUUGUCUGGGAUCGAUUAAAAACGAUACCUGAAUCGAUAUCCCGUCAGAUGGUGAAGAAUAGCCAGAAAGAGGCGGAAGAAUGCUUUACGCCCAAAGUCUCUCGAAGUUGUCAAGCUGGUGGUAGCAUGAACUAUUGCGAGAGUUGUAGGAUAGCAGGCGAAACCAUCCUUCAAGCGAUAAACACGAUCGAGGAGAUCUUCGUCGAGAACAAAUUAAUUUCUGUCGCCGCUGCACAAAGAAACGAGUGCAAGAGCAACCUCAUCGAACGAACGCAAUGGUCAGUAAUGAGUAAAUUAACCAAAGCCAUAGGUGAAGACAUCGAAAUGGCGCUGAAGAAAAUGAGGAACAGCAAUUUGAAGAUAGAGGCCGUUAAACGAGAACACGAAAAGUCGAUUCGUGAACUACAGUCCAACUUGACGACACAAAAGAAACGGGUGGAUACUUUGCAAGUGAAAAACUUGGAGCUAGAGAACGCAUUAGAAAAUGGCAGGUUUCCGGCUAGUGGAACGGGAACUGGAGCUGACGAAACGAACCGAUGUAACGUUGAAACGCGAAAACGAGACGUUGAAGGAAACAAUGGAGGAUUCAAGGCGACAGAUAUCGAAUCUGACCGGCGGAAAUAGCGUUUUGCAAAGUCAGGUGGCUACGUUGGUCGAGAGCAAAUUGGAGCUGGAGAAGACCGUGAUCAGACUGAGGAAGGAAGUCAUCGACACCCGUGAUGCGUGCCUCGAGACAGAACGACGUACCGAAAUGCUUCUGAAC